AGUUCUUAACAAUCAACAAAACUGAAAACUGCUUUUGAAAUUCAUAUUCAUUUAACGCGACGUAUUUUAGCAAUUGCCAACACUUGUCGUCAAACAGCUGAUUUUUUGUUUAUCUACAAUUCGCUUUCUGGUUGAUUUAGACGGCAUUUGCUGUUUUUCGCGAAAUUGCACAUAUCGACAAUCAAAAAUAAACCUUACGUCAGUGUCGUGUAAAGUCGUUGCAUUAUUGAUAACGCGCCGCGAGGCUUUCGGCCAUGACGUCCCAUUUUAUGAGCGUGCUGCGCCAGGCCUUCAAGACAUUUGAUCGAGCCAAUCUUGCCAACUUCAAUGCGAAUCUUCAGCAUUUAAAGCAGCUAACGGAUCAAUUAACUUACCGGGACUUGCACAUCAGAGAGGAGUUGUUUCGCGAUGACGCUGACGUUGACAUUGGGUGCCAGCAGCCAAGAGCACCCUGCACCUACAUGCACAUCUUCGAGGAUGAACGCUUCUCCAUGAGCCUGUUCAUUGUACGCGGCAACAAUUCGAUUCCCCUGCACGAUCAUCCCAUGAUGUAUGGCUUGCUGCGUUGCCUCUGGGGCAAGGUACACAUCCAGAGUUACUCGCAGAAAUUACAGCCAGAUGAGCCGGUGGGAUACGACAUAAAUCCCACGCUGGUCAAGGUGAUGCCCGAGGAGCCCUCAAUGGUGACGCCGGAGACAACGAGCGCUGUAUUAACGCCACGUAAACGCAACUAUCAUCAGAUAACAGAGGCCGGAAAUGGCAUUGCCGCAUUCUUUGAUAUUCUAAGUCCACCAUACGAUGCCAAUAUGCCGUUAUAUGGACCACGUCGCUGUCGCUUCUACCGGCCCAAGUGCGACGACGAUGGUCAGGUGCAGCUACAGUGCAUCCCAUCGCCAACCAGCUACUACUGUGAUUUGGCCGAUACGCCUGAAUCUGUGCUGCAGUGCGGAUUCAUUUGUGCCGCCGAAGCAUUUGCCGCCAAUUCCGCCAGCAACUCUUAA